AUAAACAGCUAGACAACCAGUUUUACUUUUUUCUGACAACCAAACGAGACAAAACGAAGGUAUUGAGGAAUUAUCUGUAGAAGAGCUUGGAGUCCAGGCUCUGGUGGGGAGCUCAAUAUGGACCCAAUAGAACCCAAUGUAUAUGGAUCCAUUCCAAGGACAAAAAAAUAUCCAGAUCAAGAAGCUGCUACGUGGUGUACGGCAAGCAAUAAAAAAAUUCUUUGCAUUGUCUCCAUCGUCUGUGCACUCAUAGCCGCAGCCAUCAUCAUCGCCGCGCUGUGUUGGAUUUAUGUACCAAUAGGAUCAAACUGCCAAAAGCCAUGUGGAGCCAACGGAACCUCUGUCCUUUGUUCCCAGUGGUGCGAUGAGAAAUCUGAUUGUCCCAAUGGAGAAGAUGAGGAAUCCUGUGGUACAACAGGAAUAAAAGUGUCUCCGAAUGACAAGUCCUGCAAUGGAACAACCUGUGUUCGACUGUACGGACCCAACUUCCAACUGCAGGCCUAUUCUCCUGCAAAAGCAACAUGGCUGCCGGUCUGCUAUGACCAAUGGAGUGACAGCAGCGGGAAGACUGCCUGCCAGGACAUUGGAUACAGCAUGAGCACCUAUUACAGCAGCACCCCCUUCUCUGCACCCUCAAAUAAUGGAUAUUUCAUGCUCCAAUCCAAUAAUGUGACGGGCAAACUGUACAACAAUCUUCAAUACAGUGCUACCUGUGCCUCUGGGAAUAUAGUUUCAUUGCGCUGUAUAAAUUGUGGUUUAUCUACAAAAGUGGACAGCAGGAUAGUAGGGGGCACGCCUGCUUUAGUGGGAGACUGGCCGUGGCAAGCGCAACUUCUGAAGCUAGUCGGUACUAGCACCUAUCUAUGUGGCGGAUCCAUCAUCACACCAUACUGGAUAGUGACUGCUGCUCACUGCGUAUAUGGGUCUACUUCUACUCCUUCUAUUUUUAAAGUAUUUGCUGGAACACUGAGCAUACAGAGUUAUUCUUCCUCAGGCCGUUUGGUGGAAAGAGCCCUCGUGCAUCCCAACUAUACCUCAAACACACAAAACUAUGAUGUUGCUCUGCUGAAGCUCACAGCUGGACUGGUAUUUACUACCAAUCUCAGACCUGUAUGUUUACCUAACGUUGGGAUGCCCUGGUCAGGUGGACAACCAUGUUGGAUAUCGGGAUGGGGAACAACAUCAAGUGGAGGCAGUAUUGCUACUACUCUAAUGGCAGCUUCAGUGCCUCUUAUCUCCUCCACCACAUGUAACCAAGCUGCUGUGUAUGGUGGAGCCAUCAGUCCUACCAUGAUGUGUGCUGGGUAUCUCAGCGGAGGAACAGACACUUGCCAGGGUGACAGCGGUGGCCCUCUGGUUACCAAAACCAACUCCUUGUGGUGGCUUGUUGGUGACACAAGCUGGGGAUAUGGAUGUGCCACAGCCAAUAAACCUGGAGUGUAUGGGAAUGUUACGGUCUUCUUGGAAUGGAUAUAUUUGCAGAUGCAGACAUACCCUUAAUGAAAUGGACAUCACAGACAGAAGAAGAGACCAUGAAAAAUGACAAUUGUUAUUUGCUCCUCUGCUUUUUACUGGAAUCAGAUAUCGACCAUGUCACAGGAGAAGUAAUUUACAGAGAAUUCAUACAUUAUAUAUACAUUAUAUAUUAUAAGUAUGGAAUUAUUUGCCUUACCAAGGACCUUCACGAAUUUAUUAAAUAGCAAUGACCUUCUAGAAUUCUAAUCAAGUUGGCUGAAAAUAAGAGA